GACCUCCUCCAUCCUCUCCAGCCCGGCGGCGGUGACUCGGGGUCUGGACGCUGAUGCCACGGGACGGGCGGGUAUGGAGGCGGCGCGCUGCGCACCGGGACCCGGCGCGGACAGACAGUGCCUUUGAAGAUGAGACACUGAGGCUUCGACAGCUGAGGCUGGACAAUCAGAGGGCGCUGCUGGAGAAGAAGCAGAGAAAGAAACGCCUUGAGCCACUUAUGGUACAACCAAACCCAGAAGCCAGGCUGCGGCGGUUAAAGCCACGAGGUGGUGAGGAGCACACGCCUCUGGUGGACCCUCAGACGCCUCGCAGUGAUGUCAUCUUACAUGGCAUUGAUGGUCCAGCUGCUUUCCUUAAGCCAGAGGCUCAGGAUUUGGAAAACAAGCCUCAAGUUCUCUCAGUGGGCUCCCCUGCUCCAGAAGAGGGCAUUGAAGGAGGUGCAGAUCGGGAAAGCCCUGUGGAGACUUCCCCGAAGCCAGACCUUCAGGAGAUUCUCCAAAAACACGGCAUCUUGGGUAGCGUGAACUACGAUGAGGAGACGGACAAUGAGGGAGAGGAAGGGGACAAUCUCAGCUCCCCGUCAGCUCAGUCAGAAAGAGAGAGUUCCGCAGCCGGCCAGGAAGCGGCCUCGGAGACGGGGGCUUCUGGUGUCACAGCCCAGCAAGGGGACGCCCAGCUUGGAGAAGUGGAGAAUUUAGAGGACUUCGCAUACAGUCCUGCCCCUCGGGGUGUCACAGUGAAGUGUCGGGUAACCAGGGAUAAGAAGGGCAUGGACCGUGGCCUCUUCCCCACCUACUAUAUGCACCUGGAGAAGGAGGAGAAUCGCAAGAUAUUUCUUCUUGCUGGUAGGAAGCGGAAAAAGAGCAAAACAUCCAACUACCUGGUCUCCACAGACCCGACAGAUUUGUCUCGUGAAGGGGAAAGUUACAUUGGCAAACUCAGAUCCAAUCUCAUGGGGACCAAGUUCACAGUGUAUGACCAUGGUGUCAACCCAGUCAAGGCCCAGGGUCUGGUGGAAAAGGCCCACACCCGCCAGGAGCUGGCCGCCAUCUGCUAUGAAACCAAUGUACUGGGUUUUAAAGGUCCUAGGAAAAUGUCUGUGAUCAUUCCGGGGAUGAAUAUGAAUCAUGAACGCAUCCCAUUUCGGCCACGAAAUGAACAUGAGAGCUUGCUUUCAAAGUGGCAAAACAAAUCCAUGGAGAACCUGAUUGAGCUGCACAACAAGGCCCCAGUGUGGAGUGACGACACCCAGUCCUAUGUCCUCAACUUCCACGGCAGGGUCACUCAGGCGUCAGUGAAGAACUUUCAGAUAGUCCAUGGAAAUGACCCUGACUACAUAGUCAUGCAGUUUGGCCGUGUGGCUGAUGAUGUGUUCACACUGGACUAUAACUACCCGCUGUGUGCACUUCAAGCCUUCGCCAUCGGGCUAUCCAGCUUUGACAGCAAGCUGGCGUGUGAAUGAGAAGCAGCAAGUAGGAAACUUCCACACCACAGAGCCUUCAGGAGCAGAAAGCGGCUGCCUUUGACCUGCCCCAGCACAAGAAGAGCAACAACAGUCUGCUCCUUUCGGGGAUGAUCGAGUGCGUGCGUGCGUGCGUGCAUGUGUGUGUGUGUGUGUGUGUGUGUGUGUGUGUGUUUACACAUGUGGACGCGUGCUUGCACACACUCGUUCAUGCCUUCUCUGAGCUUCAGAGACCCCAUGUGGUCUUCAGAGGGGGAGAGAUGGCUUAAAGCGCAGGGACACCUGGACACACUGGUGACUCCUGGCUGCACACAACAGACUGUGACAAGUGUAGCUCCCCUAUGCUCAGGCACUCCCAACAGAAUCAGGUUCUCAUAUUAAACACUUGGGCCUCCUUUUUUGAAGACCCUUGCAAACAGGGGCUCUUCCCUUGGAUGCCUUUGGCUUCUAAGACAGGAGCCUGCAGACUCCCAGCCAGUGGUCUGACAGCGUCUCUUGCACUGUCUCCAGUUAGCAUCUUUAGCACAAAAACAGCCAUAGCCAGUUGGUGCACAAAGACUGUAGCUGUGUCCCAAUAAAACUUUAUUUACAAAGUGGGCAUUGGCCUAGUUUGGCCCGUGACUCUGGUUUGCCGGCCUGCCUCAGUGUGUCCCUAUACUCUGAAACUGGAGUGUCUUCCAGAAUGUAAGUAGAGAGAUGGCACAGUUUGCUCUUUAGGAGCAGCAGACUGACUUUAUUUUUUGUUUUGUUUUACUUUUCCCAAGAUAGGGUUUCUUUGUAUAACAGCCUUGGAUGCCCUGGAAC